AUGACAAGUUCCAUGAUAAUUGCCAACUGUGCGGAACCACUACUCGCGUUUGGAAUUCGCGCGGCGGGGGAGUACUGUAAGGACUUUUACUGUGAAUUCCUCGUCCGUCCACUCUGCAACUCGGCGUUCUUCGUAUGCAUGAACUGUGAGUUGGCACUCCAUCUGUAUUGCAUUCCAAACGUGCCACCAACUGCGAGAGAUAUGCAUCACAGGCAUCCCCUCACCCUCACAAGUUCACCGAUCAAGGACUACCCAAAUGAUGAUGAUGAUUAUGCAGACUAUUAUUGUGAUAGCUGUGAGAAAAAGCGGUUUCUGAACGAUCCUAGCGGUUACUACUGUGCCCAGGGUCAUCAUCAUGGUCAUGAUGGUAUUGAAGAAUGCAGGAAAUUGUGUGGCGGGCAUGGCUACCUUUGUAGCAGUGGACUUCCUGAAUUAUUUGCUGUUUACAUCCCUGCUUGUACAUAUGAAGGAGAUAAUGUUGUGCUGCUUCUACAGGUUGCAAGGUUUCUCAUGAAGACUCUGUCUCAGCUGGAUUCUGGAUUUCAACCAGUGGGUACAACAGCUGAUAUGGGGCUAGUUGAGCAUGUAAGGCAAUAUCGUCGCAAUGUUGGGACAGCCGAGGAUUGGUUAAAUCCCAGUGCAGUAGUGGAAGCAUUUGAAGUAAGGGGGAUUAGAAUGUCUGUUGCCUGUGCUCAAAGUUUAAGCAAGCUUUCAAAUCCAGAAGAAGGCUUUGUGGAACUCUCAGCUGAUUUAAUAGAGGCAGCAGUUGCUCACUGCCAACUAAUUGUAGUUUCAAAGUCAGUUGUUUUUACUGCUUUCUCUUUCUCAUAGUUGACAUUUGUCAAGGAAUCGGCUUUCUCCAGUCAGAACAAAGCUGAAAGAAAAUUUUAUGAUGGAAACGUACAUCCAAAAUUCUACGAGGCAGCGUGGAAGGAUCCUCUAAAUGAGUCAAUUGUGCCUGACGGCUACCAUGAAUAUAUCCGGCCUCCGCUCAGACAACAGCUGCGUACGUGCUGCCAAGCUUUGAAGAGACUUCAGUUUCUGUAUACGUUUUGAAAUCUAGUCUCGUGCUAUCUGGAAGGGCGCCCUCCAGAUAGCAAAAGGUUUAUGGUAAUAGUAGGGUUGGUGGUUGUUUCUGUAACUAGAAACAAAUGACCAAUAAUUUGUUGUUGUAUUG